CUCCUCUGUGUGAGUCUGUCAGGGAAGGAGCUUGUAUGUCUUCCCAUUGAGAACACUUAAAAAAACAAACUUAUAGCACUCUUUAGGAGCUUUUUCAGAGUGUGAGAGAGGAGAGGAUACCCCCAUGGUUCUGUGAUUUGACUAAACAAACAGCCGGGCUCAGCACAGUGCCUCCUCCAGCGGACUCCCGGGACAGCAGAGAUUAACCUCGAAGCCCUUUGACUCUGAACAUCUGAGGCAUCUGUACAUCUGAGGCAGCAGUCCCUGUAGAGAGAAGCCGCUGGAAAUCUCUCCUCUGACUUCAGAAGGAGGACACCAACUGCUGUACAGAGAGGAAGCAGAGGGAAGACCUGUCUGUGUUUCUAGGAUCACUCUGAAGAAUUGUUUGAAGGCAUCCACUAUGAGGAGUGUCACCAUCUGCACGCUCCAUCUGGCCAUCACAGUCACAGCUCUCCUGUAUCUCUGCACUGAGUCAUGUUGCUUGGAGAUCUCACCUGGCAACACAACGCUCAUCCUGGCUGAGGGCUCCCAACUCACUCUUACCUGCUCUGGCUCAGAAAAGACAACUUGGGAGUUUAAGAGGAGCGACGCGUCGACUUCUCUCAGGAAACAAGAUGCAUAUGAUGGUCACUAUGACAUCAAGCAAAUCAGCACCACGUCUAGCGUUUUGAAUGUAUGGCAGUUGACGUGGAAGGACACAGGGGUUUAUGAGUGCCUUGAUGAAACCACUGAUGAAACGAAGGAGGUAGCGGUUUUUGUCCCAAAUCCUGACGUGUGGUUCAUUGGGAACGCUCAUGGUAUGGUGACAAAGACCAGUGAAGAGAGUACCAUACCCUGUGUGGUCACUAACCCAGACAUCAAUGUCACCCUAUAUGACAGGGACACUGAACUCCCCGUCAAGGGGCAGUAUGUUCCUACUGAAGGGUUUAAAGCACGGCUGGAGGACAGGACCUACGUGUGUCGUGGGGAGCUGAACGGAGAAGUUAGGGAGUCUGAUGCUUUUAACGUCCUCAGUGUUGUUGUCCCUGAGGCCAUGGACGCCUACAUUAAUGCAUCAAAGACCGUUCUGAAGAAGGGAGAACCGCUGACAGUAAACUGCACAGUGCCUGGAGUGGAGCUGGUGACUUUUUUCUGGGAUAUCCCCAACAGAGAGGUGAAUGUUGAGCCGGAGACAGUUGUCUUGUCUGCCACAAACAUGCGGUCCAGUAUAAUCUACCCAGUUGCCACAAUAGCCAACAGUGGAAACUACAUCUGCAGUGUCCAUGAGGGGGUCCUAGAUCUGACUGCCUCUACUAGCAUCAACAUCACUGUGCUUGAGCGAGGUUUUGUGGACAUAAGGCCUGCUCAGCGACAAAACAUUUCAGCCAAGGUGCAAGAGAAUGUGGAGUUGAGAGUGGAGAUUGAGGCCUACCCUCCCCCUCAGGUCAAUUGGAGCAAAGACGGCACCAUCAUCAAGGGAGACAAAAUCAUCAGAACCAGACAAGACAAUGAGAUCAGGCAUGUCAGUAUUCUCACUUUGGUGAGAGUGAGGACGGAGCAGAGAGGACUCUACACUGUUCUUGUCACCAACGGAGAUGACACAAAGGAAGUGACCUUUGACCUGGAGGUGCAAGUUCCCUCUCAGAUUAAAGACCUGACUGACCACCACCUCCCAGGAAAGAGACACUUGGUGACCUGCUUAGCUGAGGGGGUCCCAACCCCGAUCAUACAGUGGUACAGCUGUGACAGCAUGCUCAAGUGUAGCAACCAGACAGCGAUAUGGCACCCACUGACACCAGAGCCAGAGGUGCUGAACAUCCAGACAAACGUCAGCUAUAGUAAGACUCAUAAAAUCAGCCAGGUGCGGAGCCGCUUGACCUUCCACAAGCCCCAGCAGGUCACAGUUCGCUGUGAAACCAGCAAUCAAGCAGGGCUCAUUGACAGGAGAGACGUCAAACUGGUAUCCAGCACUCUGUUCUCCCAGGUGGCAGUAUUGGCUGCAGUUCUAGCCUUAGUGGUCAUCAUCAUCAUGUCUAUCAUCAUCCUCAUCGCUGUGUGGAGGAAGAAACCUCGGUAUGAGAUCAGAUGGAAGGUCAUAGAGUCUGUGAGUCAGGACGGGCAUGAGUACAUCUACGUGGACCCCAUCCACCUGCCCUAUGACCUGGCCUGGGAAAUGCCCAGAGACAACUUGGUUCUGGGUCGCACUCUUGGAUCGGGAGCCUUUGGCAGGGUGGUCGAAGCAACUGCAUAUGGUCUCACCCAUUCCCAGUCCAGUACAAAAGUGGCAGUGAAAAUGCUGAAAUCCACAGCCAGGAGGAGUGAGACUCAGGCUUUGAUGUCAGAGUUGAAGAUCAUGAGUCACCUGGGUCCUCACCUCAACAUUGUGAACUUGCUGGGAGCUUGCACCAAACAUGGUCCUCUAUAUCUGGUGACUGAGUACUGUCGUUAUGGUGACCUAGUGGAUUACCUGCAUAGAAACAAGCACACCUUCUUGCAGUACUACGCAGAGAAGAACCAAGAUGACGGCGGCCUCAUCUCAGCCGGAAGUACUCCACUCAGCCAAAGGAAAGGCUAUGUGUCAUUUGGAAGUGAGAGUGAUGGAGGAUACAUGGAUAUGAGUAAAGAUGAACCCUCAGUCUACGUGCCCAUGCAGGAGCAAAUAGACUCCAUCAAGUAUGCAGACAUCCAGCCCUCUCCAUAUGAGUCUCCCUACCAGCAGGACGUCUACCAGGAACAAGUUGGCGAUAGAUUGGACCUGGUCAUCAGCGACUCUUCCACUCUCACCUAUGACGAUCUGUUGGGCUUCAGCUACCAAGUGGCAAAGGGGAUGGAGUUCCUCGCCUCCAAGAAUUGCGUCCAUCGUGAUCUUGCUGCUAGGAAUGUCUUGAUCUGUGAGGGCAAACUGGUGAAGAUCUGCGACUUUGGCCUGGCCAGAGACAUCAUGCAUGAUUCCAACUACAUCUCUAAAGGCAGCACCUUCCUGCCCCUGAAGUGGAUGGCACCAGAAAGUAUUUUCCAUAAUUUGUACACAACCUUGAGCGAUGUGUGGUCAUAUGGCAUCCUUCUUUGGGAAAUUUUCACACUGGGUGGGACCCCCUAUCCUGAUCUGCCCAUGAAUGAGUUGUUCUACAGUGCUUUGAAGAGAGGCUACCGAAUGACCAAACCUGCCCACGCCUCCGAUGAAGUCUACGACAUCAUGAAGAAGUGCUGGGAUGAGAAGUUUGAGAAGAGGCCUGAGUUCUCCUUUCUUGUGAACAGUGUGGGGAAUAUGCUGACAGAGAGCUAUAAAAAGAGAUACAGCCAAGUCAACGAUAACUUCCUGAAGAGUGACCAUCCGGCAGUCGCCCGCACCAAGCCCCAACUCUCCUCACCGUUUCCCAUUGCCAACCCAGCUUUUGGCUCCCCCUCGCCCAUCACCUUCCCUGUGGAUCCCUACAAUCAGAGCUCCAGCCCUGGAGACUUCAGACAAGAGGCAGACACUCAGGAAAUCAUAACUUCAUACAACGAGUACAUCAUCCCCAUCCCAGACCCUAAGCCGGAGGAGGCUUAUACAGAGGAAAGCCCUGCAAGCUCUCUGGCUCUGGAGGAGACAGACUCCAUGUCGCAGGACACGACUGACACCCUUCCAGAAGAGGACAGACUGGAGGAGACCAGCGAGAGAGACGCUCUGCUGGGCUCUUCUGGGACACCUGAGGUAGAAGACAGCUUCCUGUAGCCACAUGUAGGAUCCUUGUGAAUAUUUUCUGGGGCUUUUUUGUAAACACUCCUGAAAAAAAGGGAACAUGACUAAACUAGAAUGUAGCAAAAUUGAGACUGAGCAGGCAAUCUUUGUAUGUCCACUAAGCACUCUAAAUGUUUUACCCUUUUUUGCCCUCUAUGUACCUCUGAUACAGAACAAUUAAAAAUAAUGAGCAUGAUGCUAUCCAAUCAGUGUUGGAAACUUGCCAGGAUAUUAAUACGGUACUCUUCUUCUAGAUUCAGUUUAUUAUAAGCACAGAUGUCUGAUACAAUGUUUUUAGAUGUGCUUCAUUUAGCUGUAUGUUGGUUUUUUGGUUCUUUUUGUUAAAGAAUAAAAAGCAGUGUUCACGAAUGGUAUUAUAGUGAGAAGUGGGUACUUUUUUUGGGUGUUUUUUUGUAAACUAGAGUGAAUAUGACAGGAGUUUGAGUUUAAAAGGUAUGAGUUUUUAUAUAAAAAAAACAAUAAAAAACAAAAACCAUAAAGAAAUAUACUCAUAAAAACAAAACACCAUCCAGACAGGAACUAAAUCAACACAGCCUCCUUGUAUAUGCAAUUUUUUUUCAUUUUUUGUUUAGUUUUUUUUUCCAAAAACAUGAAAUGCAGACAGAUUCUACAUGCACUGUUUUAAUAUG